GUUCGGCCGCCCGAGUAAAAGAUGGGCAUGCCGGGGCUGUCGGCUACACUGGCUGGACUCGUCCCGCGGCGGGCACUCGGGGCGCGAGCGCAGCUCGGGCCCGCGGCCGUCGCCCAAGUGCUCCGCUUACCCGAGAGGCAGCAGAAAGGGCUGGUGUUCCCGCUGCAGGAGCUGGAGCGCAGCAUGGUCCCUGGGGCGAGCUCCAAGCUGCACGUGAGGACGUUCGACCCGAGCCUGGAAGACAUCGCGAGAGCCGAAGCCGCCUUCUGCCCCGCGCCCGGCCACCGGAUCGACUACGUCAGCAGCGCCGAGCGCCUCGACCACGCCCCCGCCUCCUCCCGCCCCGAGGUCUGCUUUAUAGGAAGAAGCAAUGUUGGAAAAUCAUCCCUAAUAAAGGCUUUAUUUUCCCUGACCCCUGAAGUUGAAGUCAGAGUUUCGAAAAAGCCGGGACACACAAAGAAAAUGAACUUUUUCCAAGUUGGAAAAUAUUUUACAUUGGUAGACAUGCCAGGGUAUGGCUUUAAAGCACCUAAGGAUUUUGUUGAUAUGGUAGAAGCUUAUCUGAAAGAACGGCCAACUUUGACCAGAACAUUUUUGUUGGUAGACGGUGCUGUGGGGAUUCAAAAAGCCGAUAAUAUUGCUAUAGAAAUGUGUGAAGAAUUUGCACUGCCUUAUGUGAUGGUGUUAACAAAAAUUGACAAAGCUUCCAAAGGUUAUCUUGCCAAACAAGUUCUGCAGAUCCAAGAAUUUGUUGACACACAAACCCAGGGAUGCUUUCCUCAGCUGUUUCCUGUCAGUUCUGUGACGUACUCUGGAAUCCAUCUCUUGAGGUGCUUUAUAGCCUAUAUAACAGGAAACCUUCACAUCAAUAGCUCACAGCUUGGCUAAAGACUCGAAGGCUGGCUAUGUCAACCAGAACAUCAGCAUUGUUUUAGAUGUUGUCUGUCCUUACCAUGGCAAGAGAACCAUUUGCAUCUUCCCAAAGUAAUCUCUGCCCCAGUUUCAAUGCCUAAGAAGUGGCUAUAAUGGAUCUAAUCUUGCUGUUCAAUUCAGAACAAUUAUUUUGAAAAGUAAUUACCUUGAUGCCUGAGAAGAGUCUAUAAUAGAUGUUAUCAUGCUGCUCAAUUCAGAAUGAUUAUUUUGAAAAGUUACUAUCUUUUUAACAAAUUGAAACUUUAACUUGUUUUGCUCAUUGUCCAGUAUUCUUUGUCAUGAGAAAUCAUAGCACGUUUGAUUAAGCUGAAAACAAAGAGCUCCCAGAUAUUAGGCCUCCCUCUAGGUAUUGGGAUUCCUUCACCCCUCUUAUCGCCUCCUCCACCCCCUCACCCUCCGUGCCCUCAUCCCCCCACCCCCUUUACUUCUCCAGAAUAAGCAGCUUUGCUUGGUUGAAGCUGUCAUGACCUCCUCAAUGCCAAACCUGGAAGAACAGGCAACCAACCUGCAGCUGUGGGUAUGGGUGGAAGCUGGAGAAUGUGGAAGCCUCAAGGUAUGUAGAGUUUUGUGUCACAUCCUUUGAGAACACAAUGGAUUCAUUGGUCUUAUUUGCUUAAAACACAUGUUCCAUUGUACACUAUACUUAGAAAUACUACAAAGCAGAGCUAUUCAAAAGGGUCUGCUUUUUAAGCAGCACAGCUGGAAGGUGUAACAACAAUGUUGCUAGCAGCUACCGUGGCUGUGUAAGACUGACAACACCAGCACACAGGAAGGGCUGCCAACACAGGUUCUUUGAUCUGCUUUUCUAAGGAAAGCAACUUUAAGGGAUUAACAGUCUCAGUUUAAUUAAACAUAUAUCAUUCACUUAGUUCAGGGGAAAAAAGAUCAGCUCCCUGAACUUCAGGGCAAAUACAAACAGAAAUUACAGACAUCAACAGAUAGACCUUGUCCGAUUCAAAUCACAAUUAACAGUUACCAGAGAAGCACCAACAUCUGGAUUACAAAGCUUGGGGCGGGGACCUAUUUCAAGGCUUGCCCAGAGUCUUGUCACUCUUUCAAUUAGUGUGCCCCCAAAAGUCAAAGGCUAACCUUCCAGUACGUAUACCCUAUUCAGGACCCUGAGGGCUCGAGGCUCACCAUUUAGGGUGUGAGAAAUCACUAGUACCACCUUAUACUUUGUUUCCAAUCAAUGACUCCCAAUUCUCUUAGUGCUGAGAAACAUUCCAAGACAAAAAAGAUCCUACUUUACCUGCCCCAAUCAAACAAAGGCCAGACUCAUUAAAGGCACUUAAGAGAAGAACAGCAAAAAAUCCUGCCCUGAUUACCAUUACAGAAGGGCAUAUACUGAUAUGCCUUUACUUUAUCAUGUCUGUGCUAACUGUAUUUUGAUACAAUAAGAUUUUCAAUAAAAUUUGGGACCUUCCAACAAACUAUUGGGAAGUAUUUUCAGUCCAGCAAGCCAAGCCAUUACAGAACCAACUUAAACCUAACAGAGAAGCCAUCUUUUGUUUUAGUUUCCACACCAUCUAGUGAAAGGCAAAAAGAUGAGCUAAGAAAGUUUCAUGAACUUUAGAAAAGAGAAUAUAUACAUUUGAUAUACUUGAAAAGAGCAAAUACAAAUUUUUGGAUCAAAACAGUAUUAGUUUAGCUCUACGCUCUGUGACAUGAAAGCUUGGAAAGGAGAAUCAAUCUCAUGUAUGACCGAAGCAACUCAAACAGUUGCACCAUGACACUAUUUUGAAACAACAAAAUUACAGCACCUAGACCGUUUCUCAUAAUUCUCAUUGAAAAGUCAGAGUGUUAAUCCUUUUUGGCUCAUCACUAACCAGAAAGACAAGUUGUUGUUCUUUUGGUAGUCUGAAUCAUAUUUAGCAUUUCAAAGUGAGAAACCUCUUAAAAGUAGCCAAUGAAAUGUAGCUGAUGAAAAUCAAACUGUUAAGUUGCAGAACUGUGACUUUUUCAGAACUCAUUUUUUUAAUGGUCAACAGUGAGAGACAGAGUAUAUCAGUGUUAAACAAAUUUACAUUGAUAAAUGGGGUCAUUUUUGUGAAUCUCGAUUAUUUACACCUUUAGAGGUGUAGAGUUUUAAACAGCAAAAAUAGUUUGACAACUUUGAAAGCUGUUCUCCUAAUAACUGAUCAAUACAUUGACCAACCAUGAGUUCAGAAGACAGAUGAUGAAGCCUGCUGCCACCUCCUCACAGAGGGGUGAAUGGAUUUAAGAUGCAGAAGAAGACAUUUUUGGACACAUGGCCAAUGCAGGGAUUUUUUUUUUUUUUGCUUGACUAUACAUGGUAGUUAUAAGGUUUUUGCUUUGUAUAGGAGAAUGGAGGAAGAGCAAACUGAUUUUUGUUAAUUGAGAAAAAAGUGAUUAAAAAAUUAGCUACGUGUGGGGGGAGUGUGUGUGUGUGUGUGUACAAUAAUGGUGCAGGCCACCCCACAAUAAAAACUUUUGGUGAUGAGCUACA